AUGAAACCUGUUGUAUCUACCGGCAAAGCAUACUUCUGUACCAUAUUAUCCGCUUUUGCAAUAGUAAUUUUAUCUGUGAUUGGAUAUCUUUUCAAAAUUGGCCAUGAAUCUAUGAUGGGGUCCAUCAACGACCCAGAGGAUGGAGAGGCUGUUGCUAAAACUGUCUUUGGCGCUGUGUUUGUAUACUUGGCACUUUUCGCCUUUUGUGGGUCGCAGGUAUGCUUGAUUCAGAAGCAGAAUAGAAUUCAGUUGUAA